AUGUCGACCUACGCGAUCCUCGGCGCCACGGGCAACUGCGGCACUGCCCUCAUCGACAAUCUGCUGCGCACCGACAAUGCGAGAAUCAACGCCUACUGCCGCAACAAGGCGAAGCUGUCGCAAAAGGUCCCAGCGGUCGCCGACCACAAGCGCGUCACGGUCUACGAAGGGAGCAUCUACGACAUCGAUCUCCUGGCCGAAUGCAUCCGGGACGCCCGCGCCAUCUUCCACGUGGUGACGACCAACGACAACGUGCCCGGCUGUCACGUCGGCCUGGACACGGCGAAGAGCAUCAUCGCCGCGAUCGAGAAGCUGAAGGUCCACGGCCAGCUGCGCGCACCGCUCCCCAAGAUCGUCCUGCUCUCCUCCGGCACGAUCGACGACCAUCUGAGCCGCCACAUGCCGUGGUGGUUUCGCCCCAUCCUUCGCACCGCCGCGUCGCAUGUCUACGAGGACCUGCGCAAGACGGAGGCGUACCUGAGGACGCAGGCGGAUCUGGUGUCGACGAUCUUCAUCAAGCCCGGUGGGCUCGCCGUGGAUGCGCAACGUGGCCAUGAGCUGUGUCUCGAUCACGACGAGUCGUUCGUGUCGUACCUGGAUCUGGCCGCGGGGAUGAUUGAGGCCGCGGAUGACAAGGAC